CACAUCAACGUUCAGACAAUAAUAUAUCAAUGGAGAAGAUAUCAAAAUUGCUAGAAGACAAGCCAGUGGUGAUAUUCAGCACGACUUCAUGUUGUAUGAGCCAUACGAUCAAGUCGCUUAUAUCUGGCUACGGUGCGAAUCCAACGGUAUACGAACUAGAUGAGAUGUCUAAUGGAUCGGAGGUCGAACGAGCACUGGCCGAGCUUGGAUGCAACCCGACCGUGCCUGCUGUCUUUAUAGGGCAACAACUCAUAGGUGGUGCACAUCAGCUUAUGUCUCUUCAAGUCAGGAAUCAAUUAGGUUCGUUGCUCAGAAGAGCUGGAGCCAUAUGGAUUUAAGAGGCCUUAAUCGCAAUAAAGAAAGUUAAAAAAAAUCGCAUUAAAGCUCUUAAUGUUUUUUACUUAUAUAUUUCUAGUAUAGAGCAUGAUCAGUGUUUGAAGCAUAAUAUAUCUAGUGUUACAAGAAAAAGAUUAAUGUCACUUUUUCUUUAAAAAUACAUUAAAA